AUGUCUUCACAAAGGCCCAAUCAGUAUAGCGCUAUACCACGCUAUACCGGCGUAUCGUCAACACCCCGCCCACAACCCCCUGCGUCGUCGGCACCAUCAAGAGCCACGCAGCUCGGCCUCGGCCUCGGUCGGGGCGCCGGCGGCCUGGGAAAGAGCGCGCUUGGGCGUCCCAAAGGACCCAUGAAACGUCACAUGAAAGUCCAAAGAGACAGCAUUCACGGCAUUACAAAGGGCGAUAUCAGACGACUAGCGCGCCGUGGUGGCGUUAAGCGCAUCUCUGCUAUAGUGUACUCGGAUAUUCGUCAGGCGCUGCGCGAGCGGUUGGCACGGAUUCUAAAAGACAUUUGCGCUAUUAUUGAUAGUAGUGGCAGGCAGACGGUGGCGGUUACUGAUGUUGUGUUUGCGCUGCAACGGCUUGGGAACCCGAUUUAUGGCUUUGAGCCGUCGUUCCUUCGGCAGCGUUAG